AUGUCAAUGCUCUCUUCUCACUUUUCUUCUCGUCUUCUUCUUCUUCUUCUUCUUCCUCUUCUUCUACUCAUAUCCUUCGCAACCCCAACGUCUUCCUCCUCCUCCACCCAGGCUUUCAUCUAUAGCAAUUGCUCUCAGGCUAAGUUCAUGCCAGGCUCUGCCUAUGGGUCCACCGUCAGCUCCCUUCUCACUUCCAUCGUCAACGGCGCCAUGAUCUCCUCCUACAACAACCUCACCGUCCCUUCCUCCUCCGCACAAAACACCCCCAUCUACGGCCUUUUCCAGUGUCGCGGCGACCUUGCCGCUGCCGAAUGCUCCCGCUGUGUUGCCCAGGCUGUCUCCCAGCUUGGCACCAUCUGCCCCGACUCCACAGGCGGCGCCUUGCAGCUCGACGGUUGUUUGGUUAUGUAUGAUGAUUCCGAGUUCUUCGGCGUCGAGGACAAGACUUUGGUCGUUAAGAAAUGCGGGCCUUCCACUACUUUUACUUCGAAUGGGUUGACUCGAAGAGAUGCUGUGCUGUCGUAUUUGGAGACGUCGGAUGGGGUGUACAAGGCGUUUAGAACGACUAGCUUGGGGAAUUUGCAGGGUAUAGCGCAGUGCGUAGGGGAUUUGAGUGCAACCGAUUGCCAAGAUUGCCUCUCAAAUGCGAUCGGACGGCUAAGAGAAGAGUGUGGAGCCGCUCAGUGGGGUCGGGUAGGCUUGGCCAAGUGCUACGCGUGCUUCUCUGAAGGUGGAGAUUACUCGCCCGAUGAAAACGGUGAGCGUAAAAACAAGAACGGCGAUAAAUUUCAGAAGACACAGGCAAUAAUAGUUGGCGUCAUAGCAGUGGUGGUUCUGCUCAUCAUAUUCAUUUCAUUCUUUACCAAGUCGGGCGAAAGCAAAACGGUGGUAAAUAAAGAACAAAUUCAUGUGGAAAAUAAAGAAGAAAUUCAUGUGGAAAACAAGUAUAUUCUCGUUUUCAUGCAGCAGUAUCAGAUUCAAUUUCUGAGCCCCACCAAAACUUUCUGCAAAAGCACGCUUACUUCUUCGACAGGAACCAAGACGGCGUCUUCUACUCCUGGGAGACUUUCCGAGGGCUUCGUGCAAUUGCUUGCGGCAUCUUCUUGUCUUCUGCAUUUUCACUUUUCCUCCAUUUGGCUCUCAGUCAGAAAACUCGCCCCGGUUGGUAGCUAUGUAGAGUGGACACUUCUGCAUUAUCUGUGCAAAGACAGGAAUGGUUUGCUACGCAAAGAAACAGUGAUAGUUGUUUAUGAUGGUACCUUGUUUCAUCAAAUGAAAAAGGACCACUCUUCCAACACUACCCUCUAA